CAUUCCUCCUACUCACCCCCUUGCCUUCCCUUCUUAUCACGACUCAAUCGUGAAAACCGGAAACUUUGUCAAGCUCUAGGUAUCUACAGAUACCCAGUAUCAGAUUACUACCUAGAUUCUUGCUCCACCCGAUCCCGAUGCCGUUAUUUCCGGUACACUUCCGACUUCCAACGAUAUCAUUAAGGUCUGACAGCAGGCUGCCAUGCGCGCUUUAAGGCGGAAGCGCCAGUUGAGGGCCUCUCCGUAUCAAACACCAAAACCAGGGCCACACAAUGUCGCAGCAGCCCAGGGAGCAGGAGGGAAUACCUCCCCCCGGUGCCGACAGCAGCGGCAAUCCGGAUGACGAUGACGACAGCCCGUCCCCUUUCUCUUCCCCCGUCUCUCAGCAUCGCCCUGCCGACCACGAGAUACCCCGAAGCCGGUCGCGGGACUCCCGCAUCAGGAGAAACGAGCGCCGUGCGUCCAGGCCAUCGGUAGAAUACGACAUUCCCGACGCAUUCCGCAACGACGACCUGUACAUGCAACCGCCAGUCCAGAACCUGGACGGGGACGGUCUGUGGCAUGUCAACUCGCUCGAGGAUGCCGUCGACCGACGACGGAGUCUCGGCAGCCGAAGGAGCCACGGGGCUGUCAGCGAACCGUUCUCAGACGGAUACCCGGGGGCCCGCUUGUCCCGGGCGCCUUCUGCUCGAGAGUGCCGCAACGCGCGCCGGCAGUCGACUGCCGACCCGGUCGAGUACGAUGUCCCCGACGAGUAUGCCAACCUGGACGAGAUGAUGGAUGUGUCGCCGGUGCAGAAUCCCGACGAGGAUGUUAUAUACCGACACAGGAGCCUGGAACAAGUGAGGAAUCGCGGACAGGAGUACAUGCGCGAGCAGCGGCGGAGGUCGGCAUCCAUCAAGCUGGGCCCGAGGAUGGAUCGGCCAGCGCCGAGAAGGAUGCUCACAGAUAAUGAGCAGAGUGCGAGGCCCCUCAUCUCCAGGCUCGCAACCAAGGUCUACACCAUCUCGUACCUCAUCUUCUUUGCAAUCCUUGGGACGCUGGCACGAUUGGGUUUGCAAGCAUUGACCUACUACCCCGGGGCGCCAGUCAUAUUCUCGUCCAUCUGGCCCAACUUUGGCGGCAGUCUGUUCUUGGGCUUCCUUGCCGAGGAUCGCAUGCUGUUCAGAGAUGAAUGGGGCACGCCCACGUACGAGAACCUGAUCAAAAAGUCGAGACGGAAUGGCCGAGAUGAAGAGACCGGCUCGGGGUCAGAACCAGUGUCGAUAGACUUGGAAGCGGCAAAGAGGGCCUACGCAGCGACCAAGAAGACGAUACCGCUCUACAUUGGCCUGGCGACGGGGUUCUGCGGCUCGUUUACAUCAUUCUCGUCCUUCAUCCGGGACGCCUUCCUCGCUCUGUCCAACGACCUGCCCACCCCGGCCGCCGGGCCCAUCGUCUCAAGGAACGGGGGCUACUCCUUCAUGGCGCUCCUGGCCGUCAUCCUGCUCACGGUCUCGGUCAGCCUCGCCGGCCUCUUCGCCGGCGCCCACCUCGCCAUCGCUCUCGAGCCCGUCACCCCGUCCCUGCCGCACCGCCUCACGCGCAAGGUCCUCGACCGCCUCGUCGUCGUCCUCGGCCCGGGCUGCUGGGUCGGCGCCGUCCUGCUCUCGGCCCUCCCGCCGCACGACUCGUGGCGCGGCCGCGCCACCGUGGCCCUCGCCCUCGCGCCCCUCGGCUGCCUCGUCCGCUUCUACGCAUCCCUGUACCUCAACGGCCGCGUCGCGUCCUUCCCCCUCGGCACCUUCUCCGUCAACACCCUCGGCACGGCAGUCAUGGCCAUGGCGUGGGACCUCGCGCACGCGUCCGGAUCCGUCGGCGGAGGAGUGGUCGCCUGCCAGGUGCUGCAGGGCGUCGAGGACGGCUUCUGCGGCUGCCUGACGACUGUGUCCACGUGGGUGGCCGAGCUGGCGGCCCUGAGGAGGCGGCAUGCGUACGUGUACGGCUCUGUGAGCGUGCUAGCGUCGCUCGCGCUGACGGUAGCUAUUAUGGGGGGGUUGAGGUGGAGUGACGGGUUUGGGGCACUGCUUUGUACUCAUUAGAUACCCCGUUCGUGGGCGCUUGCGUCCCUUAGUACUGCUUAGGAAGUCCUUGUAUCUAGGAAGCCAGGUUGCCUAGUUGAUAUAUUCAACUUCACAUGCCGAGUUUACUGUUUGUCAGGGCAACACGAAAGCGCGCUGGUAUUGGGAAAGUGGUUGAAGUUGGCCGGGUUCUCAAGACGGUCCAGCCUGUCAAAUAGAGCGAGAACAAGCAAAUUCCGUCUAACGA